AUUCCAGAGGGUGUAGCACGAAGACUGGCCCACGGGCCGGCGUAGUAGCCUGAGCGGACAGGCGUUGUUCUCUAUGGUCACCCUUAGGGGGUGUCGCCUAGGGAGUCGAGUGCUGAGAAGAGAAACGCGAGCAGGACCGAAAAGAGGAGCCUACCGGUUGACGAUCAACCCGUUUGUCGAAUCGUCGCGCUUUUCGUCGUCCGUGGUCUGUGCUAACCGACUGAAGCAAGGACACGUGUGUAUUUGAAAUGAUUUCGAGUCGGAUUCUAACCUCUAGUCCGCCUACCGGAUAGCCAGAGGGCUUCGAGGCUGGUGUUCAGCGAGAUAGAUCUACCGACUGGCCUCGUGUAUCGUCGGUGAACGUAGCGGAGAGUUUAGGGUGUGCCAAAUACGAGCCUGCCAACGCCGACCAACCGGGGACACCAUCUUGCAGCCACUAUAGACUUGAUCGUUCCGACGAAGAACAACGUCGUUGACGAUUGAUCGUCGAACGAAACGUGUUUUGUCCGCGUGUGGUAAUGGGUCAAGCAUGAGUUAGUCGUAAUCUUGAACGCCAGACUUCCGCUCGGCCAAUAGAAUAAAUCGGAGAAACUGAGCCCAGACGCGCGUCCAAGCGUUCCAAGCUUUCGCGAUCACUUCGCGUACUUUCCAUCGUCGAACUAAAGGUAGCGCACAAUAUUUGGGCCUUAUAAAAUUAUAAAAUUUUUGCCGUGGUCCUUGCCGUCUUUAAUCGGGGGGAGGGGCAGUACCAGUGAAAUCCGUAAUCGUGAACGAUAAUGCCCCUGUUCCAUGAAUGGCGGACCACGCGAGAAACGAUAUAAAUAGAGUAAUUAUCGUAAGGAAUUGAAUAUCCCCAACAUGAAGGACGAAAAUCGUUAUACAUAGAGCUCCGUACUAAAAAUAUAUAUAUAUAUAACUUAUUAUUAUACACGCAAAUAUAUAUAUGUAUAUUAUAUAUGUAUAUAUAUAUAUGAUGUAUAUUCGAUACGGAUCACGCGUGAAAUAUUGACGAGUCAUUUAUUCAGACGAUCUUUAUUAUUAUAUUAUAUUAAAAAGAAAAGUAUCGUUCUAUCGUGGGUGAUCAUAUCUCGCUAACAAUAUAGGUAAACGCGCGAUAAUAACGGGUGGCCGUAACACGGACACGCGGCAUUGUAGCUCUGUGAAAGGAAAAAAAUGAUUAAACGUAAUUAGUGUACGCUUUGGAAGUCGUAACGUUUAAGGAUCGUUAUUUUAGGAUAACGCGGUUAAAUUAUUCUCGUGUGAGGAUUUCGGGAGAAUGAGAAAAGAGAUAUAUGUAUAGGCAGGAUUAAGAAUAGGGAAGUACCAAACGGUUGGUUCAGUUUCUCUGAUUGAAAACGCUGACUGGUUUAUGCUUGAUCCAAAUUUGUAAUCGAAUCAUCGAACGUGCAACCUGUGCCUCCGAGGACAACGAGACCUUUCACUGGCCCUCGGACUCUUCUUGCUUUCGAUGAAAAAACGGACGUAUUUAUCGUUUCAAUUUCGUUGGAACAUUAUUAAAGUUAACAUUAAUUUAAUGACGUCAGAGUCGCGAGACAAGGCGAUGAGAUAAGUGGAAAAUUAUUUCAUUUAUUCAACGAAUAAUUUCGUUCAGUUGAUGUCAGUGAAACGAAUUGUUAAAUAAUCGCUAGCAUGUCCGAACUUUCAUCGGAGCAAUUAAGUCUCCUGUUCAAUUAUUAGUUGUACACCGGACGAUGAACGUGCCGGCUCGCUCGAACGAUUCUUUAUCUCGCUCAACCCAAUGCGACCACUACGACUACAUUCCUCCUUGAUUAACAAUAAGUAGGCACUAAAAAUGAGAGAAACAUAUAAAUAUAUAUAUAUAUAUAUAUAUAUAUAUAAACAAAUGAAACGGUGAAGCACACACGAGUGAAUAUACUUCUGAAAAAAAGAAAACUGAAACGUGGAAAAAGGGACAUAUAUAAUGUGCAUUCGUAAUCGUUUGUUCAAUGUGCAAUAAUUAAACGGUAACGGCUUAAUUUGUAAAGAAAACUCCUAUUAGUCGCGUGGAUACCAGUGCUGCUUCACAUCCGAUGGUGAAUUUCAUUUAACUUGAAGCAACAAUGUUUCUCUUGAGUCUCGUGGCUGUUUUCUUUGUCAAUUAAUUUUCGUCACACUUUACUUCAAUUCUGGAAAUAAUUUCAACUUUAACUUUGACUUAAUUUUGAGAAUUAAUCUCUGUCCUCGAUGUUACUUUUCAUUUUAAUUGAACUUAUCCCAAGUUUAGCCCCUUCGUAGUAGCAACCAGCCACGCGACCCAAGUGUUCAGACAUGGGUGCGAAGUGGCGAUGAUUCUAUACACACGAAUUGUAACUUUUCAUCAUAUUGAGAAUGGAAUUUCACUCCAAGAAUCUUCCCAAAGACAAAACUUUCGAUCAGAAUCUAUAUUCUUCGUGAUGCGAGGCGUCGACAAUGGAUAAAAAAAAAAAAAAAGAACGUAGUUCCUCGAACAAAGAAAGAAGCAAAGAAGCUAUAAGAAACCAUUUGAGCACUCCGUAGGUGCAUCACAUAUGUAUUACACAUAUUUACAUAUACAUGUUGUGUAUAAAAAGGAUAUCGAUGAAAAAUGCGUGCAUCGGCCUGAGCAAAUCGUAAAUUAAUUAAGCCAUUGAUUAAGCCAUUGAUCGACAGAUACGCUGUGUUGCUAUGAUUGUAUAUAGGAACGUGUAACGUGUUAUAUAGUGACAACCUAAUUAACAGGGCGUACGUAUUAUACAUACAUACAUACACAUAUUAUACAAAACGAGACUAUUCGCCGUGCGAUUUUGAUUACUUAACAAACGAAUGAACAACAUAAAACGACACCACCAACAACAACAACGUGUAACAUGAAUUUUAUUGACGAACGACGUGUAAGGAUGAUGAUGACGAUGAUAAUGGCAUGUUCGAUUUGAGAUUAUGAUCAACUCUUUUCUCCCUCUCUUUCGUUCUUCGUCGGACGAAGAGAUCGGCGCGUCGUUCGUAUAAACUAGCAUACAAUUUAACGAUAAAUAAAAUAGAAUCGUAUUACCUAUUGUAUUAUCGAUAUCGUGUUAAGCAUUUACGACGACUAAUCUCGAGGAAAGUCACGCGUUUGGCACAAAGAAAACGAGAAACGUCGGUGAUUAGCGGACAUACUAAUUAAAAAUGUACAUUAGAUGUAACACGCGUUGUCGCGUCUAGAACGAGGAGAGGAGAGGAGACAAGUAGAAUGCCUUGGUGCCAGAUUUUACGCCUAGCUUAAGAUCUUUUUAGAGAUUAUUUAUAUUUGCAACGUAAAGCUGUGCGAAAAUUGGCCUAGAAAAAUGGCCUUCUAUUUCCUAAUUUGUCAUAAAUCUAGAACUCUUUGCUCAAGAAACUUUUAUUCGUUGAAUGAUAUCGCCCUGUAAAGUAGGAUGACAGGAACCUAUCUGGCCUAAGCGUUUAUGCUUCAUUUUGUAGCAUUUUAAAGUGGUCUAAUGUAUUAUUUUUCGAGUCACCAACAACUGAUCUGGCAAUGAGUCGUUCGCACGGCAUCAUCCAUGCGUCGUUCGUCGUCCGAUUAGACAAGAUAGACAAGACAGGUCUCGUAAUCAGGUAGGUAGGAUAGGUAGGUCGAUAGAUAGGUAGAAUACCUGAAAGCAGGGCGGCGAUAGGCAGAGCCAAUGUCGCGUAUCAAUAGCGGAUCUAACUGUAUAGUGUUCACUGGUUACUUCGUACUUUUUUGAAUAAGACCGAACGAGAAGAUCGUAUAAAACCUAGCUUGGAGUGGCGAGAAGUUGACGGACCUACCGGGCUGGAAGGCAAACAGGAAGAACAAAAUAUUGAGAGGAGAAACUUGUAUGAGGACUAUAAAAACUGUAAUUAAGGAAACACCGAGAUCAACCCAGAAAGACUUCUUUUAUAGUGUGUUACCUAAUAUUAAUAACAGUUUUACCACGUUACUCCUGACUACCGCUAGUUAACGCCUAAUUACUUAUUUACCAAGGUAAUUAACUAACAACGACUAAACUAGUAAGCGCUUUAAAUUAAACGAGAUUAACGAGGAUCUAACUACAGCCAGCCUAGUCCCAGUUUAAUCUGUGCUAACCGUAGACGUUACUACCGUUACUAACUACUGGCACUAAUGUUACCGUCAUCGUCACCGUUUCGUUCGUAUUCGUCGUUAAACGCGAUCGAUGGUGAUCCGUGACGGUUCUCUUAGCUUCGAGCAAAGAUAUCAUCGAUAUUAGUUGACUAAAAUCUCUAAGAAAUUAUUUUAUUUUGGAAUCUGGCAUCGAAGUUUCGUUUGAUCGGGCGAUCAUGGCACAGGGGCCAGGAGGAACGAUCGCAGCACCAUCGGUCGUCAUACCAGACGAAUCAAGCGAAGUGCUGCUAGUGUUUUUUGUCUUGAUACACAUGCUAGUGGCUGGCGCAAAUAUCGUCACUGCCGGGACUAUCAUUGUCAUCUUCCUUCAUUCGAUCAUUUCGAUCAGGGUACAGGCGGCCGACACUCGUGCACGUCGAGUUUCUAAUUGUUAACCACGCGCUGCUAUCCGUUGUAAACUAAUUAUUAACUCUAUCGUGGAGCGUUAUUAAUCCUCGCGGAUACCACGUCGUAUGGUCGUUUUCGUACACAAUCGUCACGUAAUCGUGGCUUUGAGGCUUCGAAUCGACGAGACUGGCAAGUAGACGAACCGAAUGCUUGCGUCUGCGCCGCCCUUCGCGUAGGUGUACCGCUACCUGGUGAUGUGAUGUCGGUUUAAUUAUUUUGGAAACAACGAGAAACGUGGAAUCUCGCUCUUCCAGUGUAUCUUAUCACCCUUCGACUGCCGUACUUUAGAACCUUCGUCGCUAUCUUGUCGAAUUCAUACGUGGUCGUAGUUGGAAGCAUUAGUCUGCUCGCAUCGACCAAUCCACAUGGUACACCAGUGCUGGAUCAUGAAGAUUGAAACAUUAUUUAACAGCUGAUCACCAUGUCCACCACGAAGAACCUAGCGUUUCUGAACAAGAAACAGGCGCAGGAUUUCUUGAAUUCGUUUGACAUCGUCAUGUCGGACUGCGAUGGUGUCAUUUGGUACCUACAGAAACCGAUACCGGGCACCAUUGACACCCUGAAGAAGCUGCAGGAACUGGGGAAGAGGCUGUACCUUGUGACCAACAAUGGCACCAGUAGCGUCGAUAGAUAUUGUGAGACAUUAAAGUUGAACCAACUGGAAGUGCAACCGGAACAGGUAAUAACUCCAGGCAAAGUCGUCUCCUGGUACCUGAAGAAGAUUCAUUUUACAGACGAGGCGUUUGUUAUCGCUUCGACACCAUUUCGACAAGCUUUAAUCGACGCUGGUAUUAAAUUGUCUCCAGAAAAUAUCGAGAUUGACGAAGAUGACGUGUUCGGGUCUCUAAAGCGUGUAGAAGAUCAACCAUCGAUCAAAGCCGUUGUUGUUGAUUUUUCUGUGGUCUUUAAUUGGGCUAAAAUAGCGUUCGCGAUAUCUUGCUUGAAAAGGAACGAUGUUCUUUAUCUUUGCGGGGCUCAGGACGAGUGGGUCACUUAUGACAUCGAUAAAAAAAUAUUAGGCCCAGGUCCUUUAAUCGAAAUGAUUACCAAACAAAGUGGUAAAACGCCCAUCCAGUGUGCUAAACCCAGCGAAGUAUUACAGAGCUAUCUUUUCGAUCUCUGCAAUGUGAAGGAUUCAAAGAGGUGCUUGUUCAUCGGUGACACAAUCAAUUAUGACAUGAAAUUUGGAAAGAUGUGCGGAUUUCAAAAGUUAAUGGUUGGAACUGGCCUUGAUAAUAUCAAAGACGCAGAAUUGAACGAAGAAAUCCGUCCGGAUUUCUACGUUCCCAGUUUGGCGUUGUUGCAUCCCAUUAUUGAUUCACUGCAGGAUGGCUUUGUGGAUGAAAGAAAUGGUUCCUGGCAUCGGAACUCCAGUAUGUUUAAUGAAAAUAAUAAAAAUCUGAGAUGAGCGUAAGAAUUUUUAAAUAUUAAAUAAAAGUGUAUAAUAUUCGUAAUAAAAGACUACAAAAUUAA